GAUCUGUUCCUGCUUGAACCCUGCUCCAACCCCCACGAGCAGAUGGGCUGGCGGGUGUGGGAUCGCCGGUGGUUUGGGAUCUCCAGAGGUGUGGGAUCAUCGGCGGUGUGGGAUUGCCAGAGUUGUGGGAUCCCCAGUGGUGUGAGAUCUCCAGAGGUGUGGGAUCUCCAGAAGUGUGGGAUCAUCGGCGGUGUGGGAUUGCCAGAGUUGUGGGAUCGCCAGCGUUGUAGGAUCUCCAGCAGUGCGGGAUCCUCAGUGCUGUGGGAUCGCCAGUGCUGUGGAAUCACUAGUGUUGUGGGAUCACCAGCAUUGUAGGAUCACCAGUGCUGUGGGAUCACCAGUGCUGUGGAAUCACCAGUGCUGUGGGAUCACCAGCAUUAUAGGAUCACCAGCGUUGUAGGAUCACCUCGGAACGAUGAGCACUCCGCUCCCCACCAAACUGCUGCUGCUGCUCUGCGCCGUGCUGGGUGCUCAGACUGCUCAUGGCUUUGGUGAUCAGGAGCCCCCGAGCCCCGGUGACAGUGGGGACAGCGUGGCCAGGGCCAGGCAUCCCCGCUCCGUGAGCGCCCCACCGCAGCCCCGCGACUGUGCCCUCUCCUCCUGGUCCUCCUGGAGCACCUGUGACCCCUGCCAGAAGAAAAGGUACAGAUUUGCCCGCCUGGAACAACCCUCGCAGUUCAGUGGAGAUCCCUGUGAUUAYCCUGACAGAGAAGCUGAGGACUGUGUCACAAGCAGUCCUUGCAGGAAUAAAGUSAGAUGUGAUGGGUUUGUCUGUGCAAUUACAGGGAGAUGCAUUGCACGGAGGCUGCUCUGCAAUGGGGAUGACGACUGUGGGGACCAGUCAGAUGAAAAGAACUGCAAAAAAGUGUUCAGAAAAUGUGAACAGCACAUGGAAGAGUACUGGGGAAUAGAGAACCUGGCAAAAGGGUUGAAUCUCUUCACAAGCAGCUUGGAAGGAUGGGUUCUUGACCACAGGUACUAUGCUGGGGGAUGUUCUUCCCAUUACAUCGSGGACACGAGGUUCAGGAAACCCUACAACGUGGAGAGCUACGUAGCAGAGACCAAAGGCAAAUAUGAAUUGGCAGUGACUGAAUACGAGUCCUACUCGAAUUAUGAAAGCAACAUCCUGAGGGCAAAACUCUCGCAGUCAAGCUUCAGYUUUGGUAUCAUAGUACCAAUGGUGUUUGAACUUGGAUACAGCUCAAGUGACAUGAGGUUCAGGAAGUUCAUUCAGAGGACAAAAAGCUUUUCUUCAACGUCCAGCAAGUUCAUCCAUGCCCGUUCUGAGCUGGCUGUGGCUGUUUACAAGCUGAAAUCCCGAGCUCUGAUGCUGCACCCCGAGUUCCUGCAGAGGCUGCGGAGGCUGCCCAAGGAAUACGUCUACGGGGAGUACAGGGAGCUCUUCAGGGAUUUUGGAACACACUACAUCAAGGAGGCCACUGUUGGGGGAAUCUACGAAUACACUUUGGUGGUGAACAGUGACCAGCUCAGCAAGGGGGGUUACUCUCUGAGCGAYGUCCAGAAAUGUGCACAGGAGAGCUUUGACAUUGCUAUAGAUUUUCCUAAAAUCUCUGUGGGUGGUGGAGUAGAUGAACAUUUCUGUAAAGGCCUUCUAAAAGAGGUUGGAGACAACACCACCACCAGGAAGUUUGUGAAGGAUUUCAUCGCCCUGGUGCGUGGUGGGGCGAGCGAGUCCRUCACCACGCUGGCCUACAGUGAGCUGCCCACGGCCCAGCUGAUGCAACAAUGGGGAGAUGCUGUGCAGUACAACCCCGAGAUCAUCAAGCUGAAGGCAGGGCCGCUGUAUGAGCUGGUGACUCCCUCUGACUUGGCUGAUUCCAGCAAAAUAAAAGAGAAUUUGCACCGGGCUCUGGAGGAGUUCCAGAYGGAGAGCAGCUCCUGCCACUGUGCCCCAUGCCAUGGGAAUGGCAUCCCCUUCCUGAAAGGAACAAACUGCGAAUGUUUGUGUCCCCUGGGCUACCGGGGCACCGCCUGUGAGAUCAGCAUGAGGAAAGAUGCUGCUAUUAAUGGGAACUGGGGGUGCUGGGCCAGCUGGUCCUCGUGCUCAGGAGGUCAGAGGACACGAAGGCGACAGUGUGACAACCCUGCCCCACGGGACGGUGGCUCCUCGUGCCCAGGGCCCGACUCUGAGACAGCUCUGUGCUAAGGAGAGCCAGCAGGAACUCACACAGAUCUGAUGGGCACUUGGGGAAGAUGUCACCUGACAGCUCUGAGCAGGCCUCCUCUGCCCGUGGGGCUCAGCCAAGUCAGAAAUGUUUCAGAAAACACCGGGAGCUGGGAGGGUGUUGGGAGCCACCCCUUUGGACAUGCCUUGCGGUUAUCCCGUGGGAUUGAACCUGCUUACUGACCUCAGUAUUUUGCCUUUUCCCUGUCUUUCUUGCAGUGGGCUAAAUGAGACAAGCUUUAUCUCUGUGUGUCUUUGGUAGCUGCACGGUUUCAAAUUGUACAGUCUUGUUGUUGGAGGUUGCUUUGAGGUGAGGAGAGAGCUUUGAUCUCGGGUGCAGCAGGAUGUGCACGGAUGCACAGCUUCUGUGCAGGCAGCUGUGUCAUCUGGAGCAAAAUGCAGCACAUUAAAGCUGAAAUCUCAGUGAGCACAACUGUGUCUAACGUGACAUUUAGAGCCACUCUGCCCCACUACCCUGCUUUCCCCAUUUAUUUUCUUGUUUCCACCCCCUGCCAUGGGCAGGGACACCUUUCACUACCCCAGGUUGCUCCAAGCCCCAUCCAGCCUGGCCUUGGWCWCUUCCAGGGAUCCAGGGCAGCCACAGCUUCUCUGGGACAAAUGGAACAUUUUGAAAAAGCUGUUUGCACAUCCCCUGAGGCCUUCUGCCCUUAGGAGCUGUCUUUGCCCCAGACAAUCUCUGCUUCAUCAAUGAGAUCCCAUAAAGGCCAAUAUUCCCCUGCUGCCUCCCCAGGGUGGGACAACUGAUUUGGAGAGGGUUCUUUAUGAAAAGAGACAAAUGGAAUGGUUUGCCUGGAUGCUUAUUAACCAAAUUGGAUGGUUUUUACCAUCCCUGGAGCUGUGCAUCACAGUCCAGCUCUAACAACAGAGGAACUCAAAACACCGUGCACCAUUUCAUGAGCCUGGAUCAUUCCAGGGACUUGUUUCUCACAGCUUUGUUGGUGGUUAAUGCUUUUUGCAAAGACAUUUGGUGGUGCCUGCUGCAAAACACCCAGGCAAUUCCACCAGUGCAGAGCUGUUCCUGAGUCUCCCAGCAGCUGCAAGGUCAGACUGUGUGCUGAGGGUUUCCAGCAGUGCUGGUGAUGCUGGGCUGCUAUCGCCCGCUCCGUUCCUUUCAGACUGACACCAUCUGAAUGCAGCUCCUGUGAGAGCAGCUCAGGCUCUCUGACAUUUCAACAAUGGAACGUGCAUUUAGUUGUAGCCCUCACACCGCCUCCACACGUACCAACAGGGCUCCUUGACAGCUUUGAAAAAGGCAGAGCACAUUGCAUAUGUAAAACAAGGGGGCUCUGCACUCAUUAUGGGCUUCAUCACUGAGCUGCCAACCCAAAACAUUUCCCUUUUCUGCUGCGUAGCUGUGAUAUCUUUUGUGUGAUGGAAAUUUGCCAAGAGGUUGUUCUUGGGGCCAUGGUCAAAGAGAGCACUGCAGGAUGAUAUUGCUCCAAGGUUUUUGAAGGGGUGCUGUAGAAGCCCUGGAGCUGAGGACCCUGAGCAUGGUUCAUGGGUGCCUCUGAGGACACGAGCUGCAGUGUCAUCGCCUGCUCUUCUUGAGAAUCGUCAGUGUACAGAAUCACAGAAUUAAGGGCAUUUCCCAGGUGAGCCAAGUGGCUUUUGUCAAUUUACCCACCUUUCCUGAUCAUCAAGCUGGUUAAACACACAGCAGGGUGCUUCUAUCCCUUGCUGUGACAAGGAGAGCCGAGUGUAGUGACCAGAGUUGAGACUGUUGUUCCCAAAUCAGAAAAGCCCAGGUUUUUUGAAGUGGUGGCAGUACCUGAGUUUGUAAAUUUGGGUUUGUUUUUCUUUUUAAGGAAGAGAGGAGAGAUUUGACAGUCGUCAAAGAUUGUGAGGAUAGUCUGACUGAAGUAUGAGUUCAGCAGUGUUGAAUAUUGAGCCUGUAGGCUUAGAAGCCUCCCGUAAAGGACAUAACUUCAUCUCGUCCUUGCUUUGAUUUUGUGCUUUGAUUCGCCCAACUAAUGAUUUAUUACAACCUGGAGGGUAAUAAAAAACUAUGCUGAAGCUUUUAUUGUUUCAUUUUGGUUCACAUUAAAUUUUGGUACCAUC